AUGUCGACCGAUGAAGUGGCUCAAGACGUGUCGCAGGUCAACGAUUUCCACUUCCACACAUGCCGAAAAUUUCGGCUUUUCUCCCAGAAGACGGAAGGAUCUUCAGAAGGCGUGAUUGUUCGCAACCGUCUCGUCACAUCCUCACAGCUCGGAGUCACUUUUGCCUUAUACGAUAAAAAUCAAGUGACAUGUUUCUCCACAAAAAGUCUCCUCGGCUACAAAGUCACUCGGGAAAACAUGAAUUCGGAGGUGACAGAUUUGUCUGUGAAGACAAUACGUUUAUUCGGAGUCGAGUCGAUCAACGAUAUGGGAGUCAACUCGGAUGGAACCCUUCUUGCUAUCCUUCAUACCCGGAAUAACGACGUCUCCGUCGACGUUUUCGACAUCAAAACUUUAUGUUCUUCCACAUCUUCCGACCCUUUCAAACCUCUUUGCAGUACACGAGUUGGCACUGAACAAACGAAUCAAGGAACGUGUCUAGAAUGGAAUCCCGCUUUCCCGGAUACGUUCGCUGCAGCAUCGACGGAUAGGAGUAUCAUGGUGGCUAAAAUCAAUCCACAAAACCCAACUAGUCAGAAGCUCAUUGGAAUCGGAAAGCUUGGAGCCAUCACCACAGCGAUUAGUUGGAGUCCGAAGGGAAAACAAUUGACAAUAGGAGAUUCGUUGGGAAAAAUAGUUCAGUUGAAGCCAGAGCUCGAUGUUGUCCGCAGUCAAUUCGGACCAGAUCACUCCCCCGCUUAUGGAAAAGUCACCGGAUUGUGUUGGCUCGCCACCACAGAAUGGAUGGUUUCAUUCGAACGAGGAACAGAUCAUGAUGCAUAUCUGAUGAGAUGUAAAAAGGAUAAACCGACGGAGUGGAUUCAAUACCACGAACUUUCGUAUACAUCUUCGAAAUGGUCAUUUGUUCCACAACUGCUCCCAGCUACUCAGUUGCUUGUCGACUGGAAUGUAGUGAUUGUUGGAAACUCGAAGACAAGUGAAAUCUCAGUUGUGGGAAAGAGAGACGAAUGGCAGACAUGGGUACCAGUAGAAGGAGAAGGAAUCUAUCUUCCAACGACUUCAAAUGGUAAAGAUACGAUUCCGAUUGGUGUCUCUAUCGAUAGAUCAAUGACGGAUGAAGUUUCCUUGAAACCAGAUGGAUCUCAGAAGCACCGCCCGUCUCCUCUCGUCUUGUGCCUUACGAAUGAUGGUGUUUUGACUGCCCAUCAUGUUAUAAGCACUUUUGCGCCCCAUAAACCUUGCCAAAUAGCAAGUCAAAACUUGGCUAUCGUUGGAUUAACGAAAUUGCAAAUGGAGCAACAGAAAGAUGCCUCCCCGGCUCCUGCCUCUUCUCAACCUGUAGCCAAACCUUCUACGAUUUUCGAUCAGACACCGAAAACGUCAGCUACUCCCACUAACCUUUUCAGUACAUCACCAAAACCUGUCACCCCACUUUUUGGAUCAACAACACCCGCUGCUACGCCUUCAUUCAUGCUCGGCACUCCAGCUGCUGCUCCAACUCCAUCCACUGCAGCCUCAGAGCCAGUGCCGGUUGCUACGCCAAAAUCCGCCCAAGAAGAGGCGGCUGCUAUUGAGAAGAAGAAAGCAGAAGCAUUAGCUGCUAAAAAGAAGAUUCUCGUUGAGCGAUACUGUAAGAUGAACAGUUCUAUGGCUUCAACAAAAGAUUUUAUGAUGAAAAUGUCGUUUGCUGUUGGAAAAUUGAAGGCCACGGUUUUUGAAUGUGCACAAGUGAUUCAGGAGAACUUUGCUGGCUCGAAGAACGUUAUAGAAGAGCUUCGGACUAUCGUAACAGCUCUAGAACGAAUGUCUGAAAGAACACAACAUACAGUGAAAGAGAUGGAUUUCGAGACUGAGGAGAAGAUGGAAUUGGUUAGUAGGAAUGAGAGUGGAGAACGGAUUCUGGAGAAGCUGCAGGAAAUGUCAGAGACGGAGAAGUUGAUGAGAUUCAACAAGAUGGAGACCGCCGCUGAUUUGUUAUAUGGAAAAUUUGAAGAGUGCAAUGAAAAUAUGAAGAAAUUGAGACAGAACUUGAUUGAAAAGGAAUCUCUUCGCAAGGCAUCCGUCCUCUCUCCUCUUCGUAAUAAUUCAAAUCUAACACAUUUUCGAACAAGUGCUGAAACAGAAAUCGCACUGAAAGUUAUGCGAAACGUGUCUAAGAUUAUCGUUGACACUCGUGAACGUAUCCAGAUGACUGAACUAGAAUUCGUGCGACUCAAACGAGAUGUACAGAAGAAUGACGAUAAGAAGACUAAGAAGAAUGUAACCAUCUCACAGCCAGCUGAAAUCAGUAUUCUGGAAGGAGACGCUCCGAAACGUUCAAAUGUGACGGAUGCUCAAAUUGUGAAAGCGAGACAAACAUUGGUGGCUCGUAUCCAGAAACGAGGAGUUGUGAAGACAAGGGAUGUGAUUAUUGAGUCAUACAAGAAGCCAGCUGAGCCGAGACAGAAGAGAGACAAUGAAAUUGACACAUCUAAUCUCGCCAAUGCUAUUCUGAAAUUGAGCAUGACGCCCAGAAGAGUUAUGCAAUCAUCCUCGAUCUUCUCUCCAGCAACCUUAACUCCAUCUACGAAAUCAGAUGCAGCAACUCAAGCUGAUGAGCCACCCAUUGUGAAAACUGUCGUAGUUACUGUGGAAUCACCAGCGAAGCCUAUCGCAGCGGCACCAGUUGUAUCUAAACCGGUUUCGAAGCCAGCUACGACAACGACUACUUCAUCUAUCAUUACACCAAAGAUCACUGCAGUAAAGGAAGAACCGAAGGAGCAGAAACAACCUCUUGCCACUUCUUCUUCAAUCUUCUCAGGAAGUCUAUUUGGCUCAAAGACGCCUCAAGCUCCAGCAGCCAAACCUUCACUAUUCGGAACACCAGAAGAUACAAAGCCAAAGGUGGAACAAGCGAAGACGCCUGUGAUUGAAGAAGUUCCGGAGAAAUCAGAAGAGACGAAAGCACCUGUGAAUGAAGAGAAAUCAGAGAGUGAGCAAGCUGCUCCAAUAGUGGAAGAACCAAAAUCAGAGCCACCGAAGGCAGAAGAAGUACCCAAAGUCGUGGCCCCUACAGAAACUCCAGCUCCAGCUGCCCCAGUGGAAACUAAUGUUGAUACCACACCGAAAACUCCAAGCUUCUCAUUCAACACCACUCCGAAGUCUGCAACAUCUACACCAUCAAUUUUCGGAGGUGGUCUCAAAUCGACAACACCGAACUCUUCAAAUUCUUCGAGCAUUUUUGGAGGAGCAGCUCAGCCAACGCCAGUUGCGGCAGCCAACACUUCGAGCGUUUUCGGGGGCGGAGCUAAAACCUCUCCUUUUGGAAGUUUCGGAGCAACGCAACCAGCUCAGAAUCCAGCGCCAGCCGCCGCUCCAGCAGUAUCAUUUUCUUUCAACACGGGAGCAUCUGCACCACCGAAACCAGCUAGCUUCGGAGCAUUUGGAGGUGGUGCCCCAGCAAAGCCAUCGUCUGUUUUCGGAGCUUCGGUUACCGCUCCUACUGUACCAAAUGUUGAUGAUGGAAUGGAAGAUGAUUCGAUGAUAAAUGCCGGUGGACCAGGAGGAUUCAUGAGUGGACUUGGUAAUUCUACCGCUGCGAACACUUCAAAUAGUGGCGGUAACCUGUUUGCACCCAAACCAUCAGCAGGGACAACAUCAAGCAGCUCGUGGCUUUUCGGUGGAGGCGCCGCUUCACAACAACAAUCACAGCAACAACAGAAGCCUUCCUUCUCUUUCUCCAACGCUGGAACGUCUCAACAACCGGCCGCUACUUCUACAAGUUCUGUGUUUGGAGGAGGUCCAAAGUUCGGAUCGUCACCAGUCUUCGGAGGGAAAGCAUUCGGAGGAGGCGCAGCUGCACCAGCUGCUACUGGUUUGAGCAAGAAUGCUUCAAUCUUCGGAGGUGGAGUUUCGUCAUCACCAAGUGCUCCGGUAGCUUCCGGUGGAUUCGCUCAGUUUGCAACUGGCCAGAAGACGUCAUCACUGUUUGGAGGAGGUGCAGCUGCUGCUACUCCACAACCCAACUCUUCGAUCUUUGGCGGAGGAGCCAAGACAUCACCCGCUCCAGCAUCUUCGAUUUUCGGCGGAGGCGCUUCAACCAACGCCAACAAGACUGCAUCUUUCACAUCAUGGCGAUAA